AUGGUGCGGACGUUAUUUUCCUACCAUUUGAAGGUUGCUUUUUUAUUGUCGAUAGAUCGAUUGAUACACACACCUCAUACUAUAUCCAUCCUUAUUCAAUUGUGAUACAGCUGCAUUUUUCAUGUUAUAUUUAUCCACUCGUUUAACAUGCUAUAUGUAUUUUCUUAUUCGUAUGAACAGUAUGCGAUACUUCUUGAUAAGUGUAUGUUAAAAUGCAAAAAGUGAAGUAAUUAUAUUCGUUUAUUGCUUGAUAAUAUUUAAUAUCUGUUAAUUGUUAUUGCCAGUUAAACAUGAACAGAAGGGGAUAAGUUUUGUGAUAUGUCGCCGAUUCUUAGACAAUUGUUUGUAGCAGCAUCACCGCAGCUCGCCGCUAUAUCCACCGGCGGAUUGAUCGGAUACCCCAGCGUGCUGCUGCAACAAUUUAAAAGGAAUGAGAGCUCCAUUCAUGCUGAUGUCAAUAUUGCAUCAUGGAUUGCUUCAGUACAUGGCCUCGCUGGUGCUCCCAGCCUCUUCAUUCCCUAUAUGAUGCAACUCCGUGGAAGAAAGUUUGGCUUCCAAACCUGCUGCCUCCUCGUCACCCUUGGCUGGACCAUCAUCUACUUUUCCAGAAACGCCGCGACCAUCAUUAUCGGCGAAUCCUUUCAAGGCCUCGGGGCUAAGAGCCUCUUAGUCGUCAGUUACAUGACUAUUAGCGAAAUGGUUCAUCCUAAAUACAGAAGCAUUCUUAUGUUGUUCUAUAACAUCAACCAAUCUGUAGGCGUAACACUUGUUCAUUCCAUGGGCCGCUUUUUCCAUUGGAAAACUAUUAGCCUUAUAAUGGCUUUGCCAGCUAUCAUCGCUUUUUUAAUGAGCUGUUCAUGGCCUGAGUCGCCAGCGUGGCUGGCUUAUAAAGGCAGAUUGGAUGAAUGUAAGAAGUCCUUCAUAUGGCUCAGAGGUCUAAACGAAGAAUCAGUGUCAGAAAUGAAUACUCUUUUAAAUUCUCACACAGAAAUGAAUGACAAAAUGGUUAAAUCACGAAAGAAAAGUUUAAAAGAUUUUUGGAAUCAAAUAACAAGCAAAGAUUUUUAUUUGCCGAGCUUUCAUAUGCUGGUACUGCUCUCCGUUUAUUACUGUAGUGGGAAUUUGGUAUUUCUGGUGUACGCCAUGAAUAUGAUCGAGAAUGUAACUAAGGACGAAAACGCAGCGUUUAUAGGAAUGAUUAUUAUGGAUUGUGUUACUCUUCUGGGCAAUUCUAUAGCAUAUGUAUUCUUCAAUUACUUUAAUAACAAACCUGUGCUCUUGACUAGUGGUAUUGGAAGUGCUAUAUUCUUAUUAGCAUCAUCUAUAGUUUCAUAUUUACAGUUUUCCAAUACACUAUCGAGUGACUCUCUAUUAUGUUUAUAUUUCUUAGUAGGAUUUAUGAUAGCUUCAAGCUUAGGAAUAUAUACGACUCCAUACGUAAUGGCAGCUGAAAUAAUGCCUGUACGACAUAGAGGUGCUGGAGGUGCAUUGAUGGUAAUAAUAAUUUGUGCCUCAUACAGCUUUACUCUUAAAAUAGCUCCCUACUUGGUGCUGUAUCUAAAACUACAUGGAACUUUCCUCUUGUAUGCCGUCACGUUGAGUUUAUGUCUGUUUUGGGUAUGGAGGUUUGUUCCUGAAACAAAAAACAAAACUUUACAAUGUAUUGAAGAAAGCUAUGCGGAUAAACCAAUACUAGAAUUGAAACCACAGCUGGAUGAAGUAAACGAAGUAGAAAACCUAAAUGUAAGAUUAGUAUUAAUAGCAAAACCUAAAGAAAGUGAUGAAAUCGUUCAUACUGUGAUACCGAAUGACGUUGUCCAAUCGUUACUUGAAAAUAAAGAUUGUACCGACGAAGUAACUACCAUAGAACGAUGUAACUAAAUGGGAUAUUACUUUUAUUUAAUACUUGGACCUUCUAACUAAAGUUCUCAUUUUACUAU